AUGGCGACCGAUCUCAAGAAGAAUGAUCCUCCGCAAUCCUUCAUCUCGAGCUAUGCCCCACGACUGCGCACCUACGCCAAUUCCCUACUGACGCCGGUAAUACAACCUGCAACAACACUUGUUGCGCCCUCGUCUAGAACUACGAAGAGAGGUACAACUGCGAUCAAUUAUGCAGAGGAUGGCUUUGAGGACUAUGAUGAUGAUACCGAUGACAACAGCAGGAGACGGCCCACAGGGCUGCGGAGCAUACGAAGAGAUGAGUCGGGCCUGGCAAAGCAAGACCCUUCCGAGAAGGUUGGAAAGGAAACCUUUACGCCUGUAGAAUUACAAGGAAUAUGGAGAGAGUGGAUGGGCAAAAGUAGGACGGCGAAACCAGAAAUGCAGAACUUUGCACAAACAGCCCUCCCUCUGACGUUAAUUCCAAUUCGAAUCGAUCUCGACAUCCCCUCCUAUAACCCCGCAGCACCUCUUCCAGUUCCCCAAGGCGUUGGAUAUGUGCAAGUCGAUACCAAUCUACCGGUGUAUCGACCACAAGAGACCACUGUGCCAUAUCGGUUGAAGGACAUCUUCCUAUGGAAUUUACACGAAACAUUGACUACGACGGAUCAAUUUGCACAGGUAAUGGUACAGGAUCUGGACCUUCCAAACCGAGCACAGAUGGCGAGUGAAAUCAGCAAACAGAUUCGAACGCAGUUGGAAGAGUAUGCGGGAGUAGCACUUCAUCCAUUGUUUCACUCCCAGCAAACCUCAACCACAAACGGACCUAUUCCUACCAUCAAGGCGGCUCCUAUUUCGCGAGAUGCAUCUUCAACUCCAGCGCCGAUAGCUGCUAGUGGGUAUGCUACACCUGUGCGUAAUGGCGUAUCACAGCCAAACGGUCUUCCUACAGCCUUGGCGAUUGAAGACACCCUCUCCCAAGGUGUAACAGCCACCGCCACUCCCAUCACCCCCGAGUCUGAUGAAUUCAACCCAGACGAUAUGUAUCGGUGCAUUAUUUCGUUGAGCAUCAAUUUGUCCAAUCACCUUUAUCAGGACAAAUUCGAGUGGUCUCUUCUUCACCCACCUGGAACUGCAGAAGUAUUUGCAAAGCAGACCUGCUUCGACCUAGGUCUUCCUCUAGAGUGGGUUCCAGCAAUGACACAUGCAAUCUACGAGGCUACACUACGGCAGAAGAAGGAAGCUUGUGAGAGUGGAGGCUUGGUAGGCGCCUACAGCACCGAUGUACAAAAUGACGCUGCCCAUGGGGUUGAAGCCGGGUGGAGGUAUGAGCUUGACAACCUGGCAGAUGAAUGGGAGCCCAAGCUCGAGCAACUUUCAAAGGAGGAGAUUGAAAAGAGAGAGGGUGACCGCGAGAGACAGAUCAGAAGACUACGGCGAGAGACUGCGAGGUUCUCAUCAAGUGCGGGAAUGUUGGGAGGUUUGCCGCAAGCUACUGAAAACAAGGGCUACUUCGAUCCUGAACCAACAGAAGAAAGAAUGGGUAGAGGCGAACGAAGUAAGAAGAAGAGACGAUUUAGAAGUUUGAGUCCGUUGAAUAGAUCCGGAACGCCUGGUGGGCGAGGUACGCCCGACGGUGGUAUUGCUGGCUACGGGGGUGGUGGAUCGCUCAAUGAUUACGAACGAAACAGCUGGAGAUGUACACACUGCAAAGUCUGGGGGACGGCAGUUUGGGCAGUUAGGAAUGGGCCGCAGGGAGAAAGGUCGCUUUGCAACAACUGCGGAUACCUCUACGAGCGUGAUGGUAAGCUACCUAAGUGGUCUAAGGACUUGCAUAAAGGAGACCCGCGAGCAGUGGAUUAUCGAUAA